AUGUUGCCCGAAUCAAGUUCAUCUCAUGUUCAAAAUUCAUCUCGUGAAUCUAGUCAAGUUCCAGAAUUUUUAACAAAUGCGGUAGAAACGGCUAUUGUAGUUAAUUUAGAAAAUAAUGAAAAUCUGGAUUCCAAUAUAGAUAUUAGAAUAAACGAUGUAAGGAAGAAAAGAAAAUUGGCUUUGACGAAUCUAGAAAAACAAGCCGAGAUGUUAAAAUUUUCCAAUUCCAAAUAUCCAUCGGCUAAACUAGGUAACACAGUUAGGAUACGAGUGCCAGAUGUGGACCGAGCUCGUAGUGAUCAAAGAAAUCUACUAGCUAUCGUGACAGAGAUAACUGAAAAAAAGCUUUACAAACUAGGCACAAAAUAUGGCAUACUAAAUCAGUUAUAUUCAAGAAACCAGUUUACCGUUUGUAAAGAAAAGUUUAUCUCCAUAGAAGAGAUUCCAGACACUGAGAUAUCUCUUAGAGAAUGCGCAAGAAAAUCUUCUAACUGUGGGGGACAAGGAUACAGUAGGUGCGGUUGUAAAGAUGGGUGUAAAUCUGAUAAGUGCGUACCUCAUUCUGCUCGUCACUUAAUGACGGGACAUGCGGAUGAAAACCAAGUACAAAUAAUGUUAGCUUUACCGAAGGGGUCGAAGAAAAGGCGUGAACAAAUUGGUACAAUAAAGAAGCAGAACUCAACAAUCUAUAAGACCCGUUAA